AUGGCGGAAGCUGCCCAAGGUCCACCAACCUUCAAGCUCGUUCUAGUCGGCGAUGGCGGUACUGGCAAGACAACCUUCGUCAAGCGUCAUCUAACUGGCGAGUUUGAGAAGAAAUACAUCGCCACUCUUGGUGUUGAAGUCCACCCAUUGGGUUUCUCGACUAAUCUCGGUCAAAUUCAAUUCGAUGUCUGGGAUACCGCUGGUCAAGAGAAAUUUGGCGGUCUAAGAGAUGGCUACUACAUCAACGGUCAAUGCGGUAUCAUCAUGUUCGACGUCACCUCCAGAAUCACAUACAAGAAUGUUCCCAACUGGCACCGUGAUCUUGUUCGUGUGUGUGAGAAUGUUCCCAUUGUCCUCUGCGGAAAUAAGGUCGAUGUCAAAGAACGAAAAGUCAAGGCCAAGACUAUCACAUUCCACCGCAAGAAGAACCUCCAGUACUACGAUAUUAGUGCCAAAUCCAACUAUAAUUUCGAAAAGCCCUUCCUUUGGCUAGCCCGAAAGCUGGUUGGCAAUCCUCAGCUUGAUUUCGUUGCGGCUCCCGCUCUCGCUCCACCAGAGGUUCAGAUCAACCAACAACUGCUCGAUCAAUACCACAAGGAAAUGACCGAAGCCGCAGCCAUGCCUCUACCUGACGAGGAGGACCCUGAUUUGUAA